AUGGUGUCUGUCGCUCAGGCUCAAUUCAACUUUUUCGAUCAUAUGUUCGGGGGCAACCAGCAACAACCAGGCCAACAGCAGGCCCCCCAGAAUGUCCCUAGCGACAGCGGUCGGUACCAAAACAUGUGGGCUCAGUCUCAAUGCAGCAACUACCUUUGCCCCGGAACUCUCGCAUGCGUUAGCUUCCCACACCACUGCCCAUGCCCGCAUCCCGAUGUCGAAGACAAGGUUGAGCUAGGAGAAGGAAGCGCAAUUUGCGUGUCCAGGGGAGGCUUCAAAGACGGCGAAGCGACAAGAAAGAUUGAAUUGGCUCGAAAAGGACUCUUAUAA